AUGUGCACAAGGCGUUACACAGACCCUGUAUACCUUCAGUUCAUCUGGGACGCUAUCGAAGUUCCGUUGCCGGAUAGAAACUGUAACUUUGAUUUCAUACUUCAGUUUAUUCGCAAUGAACGCGAUCCGAAAUGCGAUGCUGAGAAACUUAGUGAACAGCUUGGAAAUGCGUUGCGGGACAAAUGCAUAAUUCUCUCAGGAUCGCGAUACAAAAAGGCAGAUUGGUCGUCCAUUUCUCCAUUUUCAGGACACGACUCAUACUGCUUUCAAUGUCACAUGCCUGGACCUGUGGUAGAUUGCCCGACUUGCUUCAGGGUAUAUCAUGAGAGUUGUUUCAAGCGUGCCUUUGAGGCGAACACGUUUAUCACUUUCCCGGACGAGCACUAUCAAGAUCCUGAUGCGUCUGAUGAGGCCUCUCGUUCUUGCCCAACCUGUAUACGUCUUGCCAACACUCGUCUGGACAAAGAAACAACUUCUUAUCUCCGCUCUAUUUAUUCUGUAGCACUUGAGAGGAUGAGGGGGAAGGCGCCCUGGCGUACCCUUUACACAGUCGGUUACGUCGACGAGUUCAACCGUAAUCGAUACUUUUCUUUCAAACAAAUGAAUACUCGAAUUAUCACUGAUAAACUGCGAAAUGGCCCUUCUUUGGAGGGCUAUCCCAAUCGCACCCAUAUUUUAGCGGACUUGGAUCUUCUGAUUCACAAUGCGGCUGUUAUUUACGGGUCGAAAGCCGACAUGACCAACACCGCCCGCCAUAUACGAUCGCUGGUUCAAAAGGAACUGCGAGAAUCAUCGCUCUGUGUUGAUUGUUAUCUACGCUCAAAAGGUGGCAAACCAGAUCAGAGACAGAUUGUAGAGGCCUGUCGAAGACCCCACAAAAUGAUAUGGUUUCAAUACAGUAGCUGGUCUUUUCGACCUUGUAAGGUACUCUACCAAACCAGCGAUGGUUAUGAGGUUAUCUGUUUUGACGGACGCAGAGAGCGGCAAUUUGUACCGUUAAACAACGCAGUUGCAAUGACGUUCUCGGCCUCUCAUUUGGGAAUGCGAAUCACUGCUCCUCUUAAGCGUGCUCUCCUUGAAGCUCGGAUGUAUGUGGAGAACCAGCGCAAGAUCACACCUGAUUUCAAUCCCGGAGAGGGUUUGAUGCUUUGUGACAUUCCUGCUGAGUCUCUAGGGUCUAGUUACUUUGAAAGCAGCAAUCUUGUCAAAAAGACAUCCCUCAAAUCGGGGUCAAAGAGGCCUCGUGUCCAUACCAAAAAGAAGUCAUUAUCCCAAACCAGGCACUUUUCAACCACAAACGUUGGCAUUACUAGCAAGACUGAAACCAUCCUUGAUAAAUCUCGUGUUCCUACUCCUUCACCCUCAGCAUCAUGUGAUACUCUUCGUCCUGGCUCUACCGUUCCACUCACACAUCAUCUUACGAAUAAUGAGUACUCCUCUUCCCUCAGUGACAGCGAUAAUAAUUCAAGCAUAUCCAGCUGUAGUUCGAGCACCAGCACUUCGGAUAGCAAAUUUCCCUUAUCAAAGCGCCCGAAUUAUCGUUCAGUUGCAAUUUCUCCUGCUGCAAAAAAGGCUGUGCCCUCUUCUCGCUCAUCAGACUCUACAACACCUGCUACCACGGCAAAGGUUUCUGCUACGGCUUCACAAGCGCCAUUACCAAAAUCUGCAGUCGUGCCUUCAAGUCGUUCGUUCCUGAGUAGGCCUGUUGUCACGGACAGCGACUCGGACCCUGCCUCAUCUCCCCUGGAAUCCUGUUCCUCCCGCCCAGCUGGAAGAUCUUUGCCUUCUCCGAUUCGCAAACGCCGAAAUAUUAGCAGCAGUAGUAGCAAUGCAAGUAGUGGGACCGUAGUCGAAAGUGAUUCUUCUCUUCUGGGAAAUAACGGUUCUGCGAUGAAUUGGCGAAAGUCUGGCAGCGGCAAUGGGAAGAUAAAAAGGUCACAGAAGUCUUCGAAAUUGGUGAGCUUUUUUUUUCUUUAUCUAACAUUGGUAGCACAAAUUGAGCUAGAUUCGGAGAAAGCUAAUUCUCGUCGUCCGAAGAAUGUGGCUCUUAGUAUUACCACGCAGGAACACGCGGUAUUGGCCAGCGAGGAAAAUAAAAAUAUCAGUGCCAAAAAAGGUUCGUUGAUUUCAAACAACCACUCGGAUAGGGCAAAUUCAAUUGCGACUGAUUUAUCUGUAGGCAGGAAGGUUGGUGUUUGCAGUAGCACCUCUAAGCCCAUUCCGAGGUCGCAUGUCGUAGCAGAGAACAAUUCUACAAAGCGUAAUCCUCUUCCUCCAGUGUCCGCCACAACUUCAUCUGCCUCCUCCGUGUCUCCUGCUGCCCUCUCAUCCAGUUCUGGUAUCGGAUCGAGUGUUAGCGGUGAUACGAAAUCUGUAGAAACGUCUCCCGGCGACCUGCAAUGCAAUGGACAUUCUGGUGCCACUCAAGGAGAUUCUACUGCAAUCAAGUCUGAGGAACGUCUUGAAGCUUUGACCUUGGAGCGUGACAUAGCUAACAGACGACUCCGUGAGUUGGAGCAAUAUAUUAAGGAUAUGGAACAAAGGCAUGAGAAGGAGAUUCUUCAGGCGAAGAGAUCGGCGUGGUGUGUACGGUGCCUAAAACAGGCUCACUACUAUUGUUGUCCUGGAGUGGCCUACUGUUCUGUCAACUGUCAGCUGAAGGAUUGGACCAUGGGUCACAGUAGAGUUUGCACGCAUAGCAGUAGUGGCUCCUAA